UUCUGGGCUCACACCUACACCAUCUGAGAGUAUUUCUGAAGAGAGGAUUGAUGUAGCUGGAGGCUCCGCACAGAGAACAGUUGAGAAUAUCCAAGAAGUCCAAGAGGCAAAUCAGACGGUGCAGCUGUUGGAGGAAAAACCAUGGAGAAAACCUGGAAUUGAAAUCUCAGAUUACUUCAACUAUGGAUUUGAUGAAAAUAGCUGGAGGGCGUAUUGUUCAAAACAGUAUCAUCUUCAAACUUUGAAUAGAUGUCAAGGCACACAAGUCCUGGCCAAGAAGAAGCAUCAGCAACAUGGAAAACAAGUAUCUUCUUGUGCUUCUUCUUCCUCUGCCAGACGAUCCUGCAGGCACAGCUCCCCUCUUCCGAACAGGAUGCUGUCCCCCGUCCCCCCCAGCCCCKCUGUGCAGUGGAGUCCCUGCAAGUUUUGAUGGCCCCUCAACUUCAUCAUACCAAAGUUCUUCUGGGUCUGUCAUUCCUGACGGUUGUAUAAUCCCAGGGAUUAUGGGAGCAAGCCCUGCAAUGACCAUUACUACCAAGGCUUGGGAACGCUACUUAUCUCAGCAGAUGCAUGGCAGAGACAGAGACAAAACUAGAAGCCACAACCAGCAGAAGAAAAGCAAAAGAUCCAGAUACAAAGAACGACAAAUCUUCUCCUUUUCGCACAACAGGAGAAAGGAACAAACGAAGCACAGGGUUUCUACAGAUAAGCACCGAGGUCGCAGCCCUGAAAGAGCUCGUGAAAAAAUGCCGAGAGACAAAAUCAAAAAAUGGAGACAGCCACGACACAGCAGCUGCAGCAGGAACAGUGAAGACAAAGACUUUUUGUCACCAAAACGUGACAAAAAGGGAAUGAAGAAGAGACGAGAGAACAGGAUGAAUUCUGCUGACAAAAAAAGGAAAUAAUUUAAAAUCUUACCAACUUUAAGUCAUCACACUUGUCAGAAAAGAGGAAUCCCUUUGUCUGCURGCCAUAAUUGACAAACGAUGAAUAUGAUUGAUGUAGCUGUGUAAAUAUGUACGGAAGAGGAUUAGAGC